GGUUUCUCUCUUUUUUUCUUCCUUGUCUUGACUACUCCCAUAUGAUUAUAUCAAGUUUGGAACAUUAUGAUUGGGUCAAGAAUCCUCUCAAAUAUACCCACCCCAAUAAAAAAAAUAUAUUAAAAUUUAGGAAAAAAAUAAUUAAAAAAAGGGGUUUUAAUUUUUCUGCCGAACCUAACCUUGAAGGUUUUAUUAAGGGGGUGUGACUCUUCAACAAUAUCUGGCAAAGGGCAAAGUUUAUGAGAGAAAGCUGAUGAAAAGCUGAAAGUUGAAAAGCUAAAAGAAAGCUGAUAAUAACCGAAAGAGAGAGCAAAGAAGAAAAAGAGCCUUUUUAUUAUUUUCCUCCAUCGUCUUAUCUGUGUUUUCUUCUCUUCCAAUUCCCAUAUCUCUCUCUUCUCCAUAGUUUUACAUGUUGUAAUUAGCCCUUCUUUUUUUUUUUCAUUCCAAAAAACCUAAGAUUAAUACAUACCUGGCCACUAGCUAGCUAACUCUUACUUGUUUUACUGAUUCUCCAUUUUAAUCGAUCAACUAUGUUAAGCAAUAACAACCCCUCUUUUUCAUCCGACCCUUUAAAUUCCUCCGAAAAUGCAAACAAUGCUAGUAGAAGAAAAAGAAGGCCUGCAGGAACCCCAGAUCCGGAUGCAGAAGUGGUAUCGCUUUCGCCGAAAACGUUACUGGAAUCGGAUCGAUACGUAUGUGAGAUCUGUAAUCAGGGAUUUCAGAGAGACCAAAACUUACAGAUGCAUAGGAGAAGGCAUAAGGUGCCAUGGAAAUUGCUCAAAAGAGAAACCCCAAUUGUAAGAAAGCGUGUUUUCGUUUGCCCAGAACCAACCUGUCUACACCAUGAUCCUUGUCACGCCUUGGGAGAUCUCGUUGGUAUUAAAAAGCAUUUCCGUAGGAAACACAGUAAUCAUAAGCAAUGGGUAUGUGGGAAAUGCUCUAAAGGCUAUGCGGUUCAGUCUGAUUACAAAGCUCAUCUUAAAACUUGUGGUACUCGUGGUCAUUCUUGUGAUUGUGGUCGCGUUUUUUCAAGGGUGGAAAGCUUUAUCGAGCAUCAAGAUGCUUGUAGUAUGGGCAGGCUCCGAUCUGAAUCACAAUCUUUACAUCCACCUUGCCUUUCUCGCACAGCUUCGAGUACUCCUAGCCCGUCAAGCGACACGAAUCUCAGUACAACACCAUGGUCUAGUACGUUGCUAAAAAAAUUGUCAUCCGCGGCGGCUACUCAUCAUCAUUCUAAUCCCAACAUCUUAAAAAGUUCCACAAACAAACACAAUUUGGAGCUUCAGCUAUUGACUACUACCACAUCAUCAUCAAGCCCGGCAUUUGAUGUCUCCGUAUCGUCUAAACCAAACGAAGAUCAUUCGGCUUACAAUCUCCAACUCUCCAUUGGUUCCUCAGAAUUCAACGAUUCGUCAGAAAACGCGAAUGAGAAGCGUAGUUCGGAUGAUUUGAGGCUUAAAGAUGAAGCGACGGAGCAGCUAAGGGUAGCAAUGUCAGAAAAGGUGUACGCCGAAGAAGCGAGGCAGCAAGCAAAGAGGCAGAUCGAGUUGGCUGAGCAGGAAUUCGCUAAUGCUAAGAGAAUUCGGCAACAAGCACAAGCGGAAUUAGACAAGGCUAAUGCUUUGAAAGAACAUGCCAUCAAGCAAAUCAACUCAACGCUUUCGCAAAUCACUUGUCAUUCUUGCAAACAGAAAUUCCAAUCAACUACAAGAGUUAAUAUUGUAGAUCAUGAGACUAACAACUCCUUGGCAUUGAGUUAUAUUUCAUCGGGUUUAACAGAAGGUCAUCAUCAUGAAGUUGCCAAGAAUAUCAACCAAAACGAACAUCUCAAACUUUCUCAACGUUAGUUCCUUAAAUUGUAUUUUUUUUUUUUAUGUUUGUUGAUUAUAUGAUUAUAGUUAGUAGUGUAGUGAGGGUGGUGGUGCUAACAAUAGUUAAUGAGGGGUUUGUAUGGGAAAAAAAAAGAAAAAGAAAAGGUGUAUUUGGUGUAAUUUGUUUUUAUUUAAUCCUUGCACGGUGACUGUCAUAAUGGUGUUUUUCAGCAAGGGUAAUAAUGUGAGAUUUGUUGGUAUCAAAUUUUGCAGGGGUUCUUGAUUUCACUACUUGUACUCAUCAAUAUAGUAUUACUAUUUCAGUGA